GCGCACUCUGAAAAAGAGGAAAAAGUUGAUGAUGAGUUUAGUGUGAAAGCGGCCCGCCUCGGAGCAGGCUCACCGUCCAGCAAUGGCAGUUUGGACCAGAGCGGACAAAAACGGUCAGCUGGACCUUCUGCUCCGCGACCGCUGGAUCCGAGUGGCCGCCGAACUCACCCGAGAAACGCUGACUUUAACGGCCGAGGCGGAGGCGACCGGACAGGGGGGCAACCACUGGGACUACAGCAACUCCUCGGCGGGCCUGCGGAAUGGCAUGUCGAACGGAAACGACCCGGGAGCCAGUCCUGGGAACCCUGGCCGCGGUCCGUCCUCGGGUCAAGACCAACUCCAGAACCAGAACCACGGGGGGCGGGGGCGCAGCGGCAGCCCAGGGCGCGGGGGUGUCAGCCGGGGUCAGUACGACGGCAACUACGCUCUAAACAGCUCCGGAAAGUACCCGAAUAACGGCACAAACUCAGACUUUGGAAGCCCUGGCUCCAGCUACGGGAGUCCCGGGUCCAGCUUCAGUUCGAGACAGGGCGACUGCCCCGUCAGUCUGGAGGGCUCCUCGGAGGCGGUGAGGAAAGUCCGAGUUGUCAAACAGGAGUCUGGCGGGCUGGGGAUCAGUAUCAAGGGGGGGCGCGAGAACCGGAUGCCCAUCCUCAUCUCCAAGAUCUUCCCGGGGCUCGCCGCGGACCAGAGCCGUGCUUUGCGAGUGGGUGACGCGAUUCUGUCGGUGAACGGGAACGACCUCCGGGAGGCAACGCACGACCUGGCGGUCCAGGCGCUUAAGAAGGCGGGCAAAGAAGUGACGCUGGAGGUGAAGUACAUCCGCGAGGUUUCUCCGCUCUUCAAGAAGCCAUCCCUGGUGGCCGACCUGCCGUGGGACGGGGUCCGCCCGCAGUCACCCAGCUACAGUGGCAGCGAGGACUCUGGGUCACCUAAACACAGCAGCUCCUCUUCCUCCAAAGACAGAAAGGUCAUCAGCCUGAAGAUGUGCUUCAUCAGCAGGAACCUCACCAUGCCAGAUCUGGAGAACAGACUGUUGGAGCUUCAUUCCCCUGACGGCCAGCACACGGUGGUGCUGCGCUGUAAAGACGGUCCCACCGCCAACUCCUGGUUCACUGCCAUCCACACCAACAUUGCCGCCCUGCUGCCACAGACCCUGGCUCACAUCAAUUCCUACAUGGGGGCCUCGGCUUCCACACAUCCCCACCUCAAACACAUUGGGUGGCUGGCUGAACAGGUCCAGCUGGAAGGUGGACGGCAGCAGUACAGGCCAGUGGUUAUGGCGCUGACAGAGAAGGACAUCCUGCUGUUUGAAUCUGUGCCAUGGAGCAGAGAGUCCUGGUCCAUGCCUCUGCUCACACACCCACUGCUCGCCACGAGACUCGUUCAUUCUGGCAGCGCCCGGGGCUCUCCUGCCCAGGGUUCAGACCUGGUGUUUGCCACUCGGACGGGCACAGGGCGAGGCAUCGAGUCCCACAUCUUCCGGGUGGAGACCCACUGGGAUCUGUCCUCAUGGACGCGAGCCUUGGUGCAGGGUGCACAUGCCGCCGCUGAGCUCAUCAAAGAAGUCUCUAUUGGCUGCACGUUGAACAGACAAGAUGUUCGGCUGACGCUGCACUAUGAGAAGGGCUUCACUGUGACAAGAGAGCCAGCCGACCCAGCCGGGGGCGCCGUGCUGUUCAGAUACCCCUACGAGAAGCUCAAAAUGUCUGCAGACGAUGGAAUACGAAACCUUUACCUUGACUUUGGGGGUCCAGAGGGAGAAAUGGUAUUUGACCUCCACUCGGGUCCAAAGCCGGUGGUGUUUGUUCUCCACUCCUUCCUGUCAGCCAAGCUCACUCGUAUGGGCCUGCUGACGUGAAGUAACCAACAGCAGCGUGGAUGAGAGGUCACCAACGGGCCCAGGCACAGCAGGGAGGGGGGAGAAGCUCCCAGAAUGCUGAUAAUGGGAGUUGAUUUUUAAUUUUAAUUUCAAUUUUUUUUGCAAUCUCUCCAUUCACAGUUGAAGUUAGGCCUGAGGUGGCACCGCAGGGAUGAUUUAACCCACAAGUUGUUUUGUUGAUUGUCUCAAAAACGUGCCUUCUCUUCCAUCUUCUCCUUGGCCUCCUAAUGUUGUUUUAUUGCGAGGUCAGGGGGAAAGUAAGUGGCACUUUGCUUGAAGUCCUGAGGUGUUUAGAAGAUAGUUAUAACAUAAUAAUAUAAGACAAAUGAAAUAGCUAUUAACAAUCUCAAAACAUUCCAUGUGAUAAUGUAUUAAUCAUUGUAAUUAUGUGAUGUGAUUAAAAAAAAACAUCACCAGUGCACUUCAAGUAAAGUUUUACUGAAAAAUGUAAAGGAAAGGAGGAUUUUUUUUAGACAAUUAAUACACAGCCAAGCACAGAUUGGUGAACGCUCCCUGUUUUAUAACUAUGCCUAUCAUUCCAUGACAGCCUUCCAAUGUACUUUGGGCUCUUCUUAUGUACUUGUUUGUCUUUAUGUGUCGACACGUGAGAGAAAGAAGCAGUUUUAGAGUCAGAAUGCAGUUAAUUGAGCAGAGAUUGUGUGAAUGAAGAAAAGAAAUUUGUAUGUGUGUGUGUGUGUGUCUCAAUACUACAUGCUCCUGUUGGCUUGAUAGUGUGCCUGCUGUCUGCCAGACUCACCUUUUAGCACAUGAUCCCAAACUACUGUUGUAAUCAGGAUCGCCAACUGUGCCUUUCUACAUGUAGUCAGAGACACUCUUUGUAACGUUUCCUUUUUUAUUUCACACACAAUAAGAGAAUUUUAAGCUUUUGACAUGCACAAGCAAUAGUAUUACUCUUAUAGUGUAAACGAUGUUACGUUGUUGUUUUUUUAAGUGUAUAUCGCAUGAUAGCAUGACUUCCUGACAUUGAACUCAACAUGAACUCUGUAUCAGAUGAUGAUAUGUAUGACAUUACCGUGUGUUACCUCCCUUCCUUCACCGACACUACCACGUUGUCUCAAUGUCGCCAUCGUCCCAUUCCACUUUGCUUGAGAUUACUCGUCUCUUGUUACCAUUCCUCAAGGAACAUGUCCUAAACUAUGGCCAGGGACUGUUAAACAAGCUUGUUUCAAGGUGGACCAUCAUAUGGCAGAAGUACUAAUAUAGUUUAAUAAUCUGAACUGUAAUGGUCAAAGAUUUCUCAGCUUCUAUGAACCCCUGCAUUAGAGAAUGUAACUGUACAGUUGAUCAGCCUAUUAUGAUCUCUUCCCUCCAUUUUAGUGUCAGAAAGCCUGAAAAGGUUUGACAAAAUAAUCUUAUUCAAGUGCCAAUUACUAGGAGGUCAAUGGAGGUGUUAUCACAUGACCUGAGUAUGGAAUCUCUAUUGUAUGAAAACAGGUUGUUGUAAAUGUUCAAAGAUGCUCUCUGGCAUCAGAUGUGAAUAUGUGGUCAUCCACAGGCUUCUGGUCGAUGACCUUUGACCUCUUCAGCGCUGUGACCAGGUUUUAGUCAGGUGUUCACAGACAUCUGAGGCCUGUUUCCAGUGUUCAUUCAGGCUUCUGUCCGGGCUUCUUGCUGUUCUGCAGAUGUAGGGUUCCAUACUUUGGUCACAGGAUUAAAAUUGAGCAAAAGGCUCAAGAUGUGGUUGAUAGUUCCAGAAAAAGCUAGUAAAUGGACCUUGAGAUAAGAUUAUUUUGUCAAACCACUAUUCCCAAGGUUAAAAAUCAACUUCCACCCUUCUAAGAAUUUGUUAAUUAAUUGCAGAUCUUAAGAUCCCUGUAAUUUAAAAAUGCCAUCAAAACAACCAUUUGUUUGCCCAGUUCACAGUUUAAGUUGGCCUCCCUUACAUUCAUCAGUUCAGUCCGGUGCCUGCGUUGAGACGUCAAUGAGUUCAACAUGACUGUAAUUAACAAACUUUCAUAACCUUCAGUUGGUUCAUGGUACAUGUUCCUAAAGGGACCCUUCAGUAGGGCCACUGUGUUCUUUUGGAACUCAGACAAUGUACCAUUGUGUCCACUGAGCGUGCAACACAGGAAAACAAGAUAACCCUUCUGUCCUCGGAUAACUAACACAGUUGCCCAUCUGAAUGACCUCUAUUCUAUUUUGGACUCUGAUGUCCUUGUGGUUGUUUGAACAACAUUUUUUUGGCUUUUUUAUUAAAGUAAAAAUGUGCAACCAUGUAGUUUUUACAGCCAUAUACCUCUUUUUAAAGCUAUGGUAAAUGAAUGGCUGUUAAAGGAGAAGCAGACCUUGAUUUCCUUAUAACAUCAUGUGUACGUGGGAGGUUGGAGUUAUGUUUGCCUGCCUGAAAGUCCUGAUCCUGCAACAUUUGAAGCAAUGGUGAUUUCACAACAUUUUUUAUGUAAUGUUAUUCCUGUUUCUGUAACCCACUGCACAGAUCUGAUUGUCUCAAGUUGGUCAACCUUCACCAUGCUCUAGGCCGUCCCUGUUUGAGCUUGAUGCACUAACCUUGAAACCCCCUUAAACCUGUGAAUGUACACAACUUCUCCUCGUCCAGAUGAUUUGUUUUUUUUUUUCAAAUAUCCUUUCUCUUUAUGUCCUGAAUUUGUGGCUAUCCUGUCUAUGCAAAGCAAUGCUUCAAAGAAGGGGGUUUUGAACCAAAGGUAAUAUCUGUGGCAGCUUGCGUCCAACACAAUCAUUAAACUGAAAAGUCACAAAAGGAUUAAGUGCUGCUGCAAAAACCUGUCAUAUGCAAAGUAUUUUAGACUUCCUACCAAGAUACAGUAUACAAUGUAUGAUAGCAAUGUAAUAAUCCCAAAUGUAAAUACCAACCAAUAAAACUGUUACAAAUGA